AUGGCUGAUAGCUACCUCUCUUGGGUUUCUCUCUCCCACGCAAUAGCGAUUUUUGGAUUUCUCUCCUCCAUAAUUGCUGGCUCCAUUUUAAUAUCUCUCAACUUAUUUUAUGUUAAGAAAGUUUUCGGGAGUUAUAAGUAUUUGGUGAUAAUUUUCACAUGCUUGGGAAUGGUUUUUGCUACAUUGGAAGUAGUUUUCUUUCCGAAUAUGCAUUCUUUCAAUUCUGCUACCCUGUAUUUUACAUUGAGUCCACUAUUUGGGUUGAGCACUAAUAUGCUGUCCGCUUCCCUCGGUUUGUUUUUUCGUAAUUCUACAAGUGAAAACAAACUAAUAUUUUUCGAAGGAUGGAGAAGUUUAACUUGGGUUGCUUAUGUUCUAUACUUUGGAGCACAAUGGGCAAUUGGAGCUUAUAACUUUGUCAAAACUGAUGAAGUUGCGAAAAACUAUUUUCGGGAAGAGAUGAUUUUACGUUACAAUGUCUGUGUUGACAAUCUAUCAUCUCUGGCAAUGGUUGCAUUCGAUCCUUCUAGUGGUGACAUCCGAUGGUGGAACCUGAUGACGGUUGUGAAUAUGUCUUUUAUAAUGGCUAUUCAGUAUGCAAUAAUGAUCCAUUGUGGUUACUCAAUGUUUACGAAAAUGGAGGAAAAACUUCAGAAUUUCUCUACAAUGCACAAAAAUCAUCACAAACAACUCUUCAAAACUUUAAUGCUUCAGAUAACAGUGCCUUCAAUAUUCCUAUUCAUACCUCUCUCCUUCAUUAUUUAUAUUCCAUUACUUGAAAUACAGUUGAGCCUACCAACCGGUGUUCUAUUAUCAGGCUUCAGCUUAUACCCAGCUGCAGAUUCAAUCAUGGUCAUGUACAUUGUAGCUGAAUACAGGAACACGCUUAAAAGUCAUGCUCUUUCAUCCAUCAUAGCUGGUUCAACCAAUCAGCCCGUCAACUCAAAAGUUUGCUUAUUAGGAACAUCGCAACUGCAACGAGCCGUGUUCAGUGAAGUCAUGGCUAUCGUGCCAUUUGCAUGUGUAAAUUCGGCAAGCGACACAAAUCGAGCCACCGUGGCUCAGCCGGAAUUGGCGCGGCAUCUCCAACAACGGGCCAACUACUCAAGAGGCAAAUUCAACUACUCAAGAGGCCUACACGAUAAGGAUUUCGAGGAUUUGUUUUUUAUGUCUCCCGACCUUUAA